AUGGCGACUGACUCCAUUCCGCUGAUGCUGGACGGCGCCAUGGGAGGCAUGGCGGCCUCGAUGCCGGUGGAUCUCGAGGUCGAAGACGUCGAGCUGUUUGGAGACCCGGUUGUCGACCUCUCCAUGCCGACACAUGCUCCACCGACGAAGCAGCUGCGGAAGAGGGUCGACGAGAUGCGCAUAAACGGGUGCUGCCAGAAGAUUGCGUGGUCGCGGCAAGGCACGAUUGCCUCGAUUGCCCCUGACGGCCAGGCAAUCGAGCUGAGGUACCUGCGGACAAAUCCUCUGGACGGCUCCUGGGGCCUGAGCGAGCCCACGCCGUGCUCGCAGUUCGGGACGAGUCCUCAGUUUUCUGGCGGCCCUGUCGUCCACCUGGCCUGGGCUGCUACCGGCAGUCCCGAGCUUGCCGUGAUCGAUGCUGCCGGCCGUGUCAGCAUCCUCACGUUUUCUAUGACCUUGAACCGGCCGUACUCGCUGCGGCAGUGGGACGACGAUCCGAUCGACGACCUGCACGCCAUCGUCGGCACCUACUGGCUGCCGCUCAUCCCGCAGAAACAAAGCAGCACGUUUGUCCCAGCCUUUGGACCUUAUCAUCCCAACCCGGCUAAGAGCGCGCUGUUGUGCGUGACAACCAGCUGCGUGCUGAAGCUGUUCUUCUCGCAGAACAAUAACAAGGUUCAAGACACCAGCCUCGAGCUCGAGAGCGCCACCUCCUCAGACGAUCUGGCCACGCAUGCCUCUAUAUGCUCCGAAAAGGGAGGCAUGUUGCUGAUCGCUCUGGUGACCGCAUCCAGACAACUCAAGGUUGUGCGGGCGGCUAUUCACUGGGCGUCAUCACAUCAGGACAAGCAGGUCCCGCCUCAGAGCAUUCCUCUCAACCCCACCAUGCAACAUAGGUCUGCGGCCGUUACGACUUGGCUUCAGCAUGGGGCAGGCGAGUCCCAGGUAGACAUCUCCUCCGACCAGAUAUCUCACUUGGAGAUAUUGCCAUCUGCCUUGGUUUCGUCGAACUCCUUUGCUCCACCACUCGUGCUCACUGUGCGUUCGUAUCUGCCGUCGAUGACUUCGCCGUUCCAUGAGCAGGUCCAGAGUAUUAUCGACCGGUGGGAGUUGGUGGUGGACUCGCCAGCACAGGCCCUUCAUGUUGCUUUUGAGCAGGUGGGAACCAAAGCACCGCCGUCUGGAACUACGCAGCCCAUCACACGACUACGGAAACUGGAGCCGAUCGUUCUGGACAAGGUUAUCAUUUCCAUUCACAUGAUGCAGCUGGGAAAAGUGAUCUGCAUUGCCUUUAGUGACGGCACGGUCCAGUACCGAGACCGGUUGACGAUGGAAGAAAUCUACAACGAGACGAACCUGUCCAGAAUCAUGACAUUGAGCCAGGCGAACUUCCAGUUCGCGAACCCCACUCCAUGUGUGGCGGUUGCCUUUUCUCCAACCAACUGCUCCUUUUCCCAGGUGUGCGAGGAUGGCAAGGUGAAGUGGAACAGCCUGAAGCACGUCGGGCCAGAUCUUGGCCCCGGCCAUAAGGAUGCCGAGUACGCGGCGGUUGUUGCAGGUCUGACGAUAGCCGUGUCGACGGCGUCGCUCAACCAAAUGUCUUACGACGAUGUGCUGGCUACGGCGCGCCAGUUUGUCGACAAGCCAAGAUUUGCUUAUGACUGGAUGGUGGAUGUUGUGCGGAUGCUCAAGAUCAACGUGGAUUAUUCAGAAGAGUCGCACCAUGACCAGCUGAUGAGAAACCACUCGUUGCAGCUGUGCCUCAGCAUACUAAACCAUAUGGGGUUCCGAGGAGAAUACCAGCCCAGGACGUUCUGUGGCAAGUUUGCGAUGCUGUCGCUGAACGUGCGGAAUAUUGUGAUUUUGAUCACGAUUGCGAGUAACACUCCAAGCACAUUCAAGGAGAAGCUCAACCCCCUCGACGAGCCUGAGGUUGUGGACGCGCUGGCUGGCUGUGCGAAAUGGGCGCUGGAUCUGCUGGCCUACAUUGCCGAUUGCAUCUUCAAUCUCCUAGACGACGCCAAGUUCAUGCAGAUGCUCUCAACUUCGAGCUUCCAGGAGAUGACGGCAUACCUGCAGGAAAAGAAUGAGGUGGCGCUACAUCUGCUGCUCUGCUCGUCGACGCGGGGGUUCCUGUCGGCGGCCUGUCGACGACUCGUGCACCUGGACGCGGUAUCGACCAAGGCGACACAGUAUUACGAGCUGCAGAGCCAAAUGGCAGCGAGCGGAAACGGGACAGAGCAUGCAACCAGGCCGGUGCUCGUGCCACUGAGCCUGGCCUACCAGAAGAUGCAGCAGUACACAUCGUCCAGCCUGGUCAAGGUGACCGAGUUUGACAAGUUGCUGAUGGGCCUGGGCGAGGACAUCCGGCAGACGUAUCAGUCGCGAACGAUGGGACAGGCCCAGGCCCAGGCCCAGGCCCAGGGACAGGGACAGGGACAAGGACAGGGACAGGGACAGGUGCAGGUGCAGCAGGACGCGAACAUGAAGCGGCUGCAGGCACACUGCGAGCUGGCGCUGCUGCUGGCGAACAAUCCGCCGCAGUCAUUCCAGCCGAUGCUGAAAAAGUUCUUUAGCGAGAACGUGCGGGCGUUCCGGGCGAUGACAGAUCCAGCGAAGCUGUACUUUGCCAACUACAGCAUCCUCGAGGUUGAAGACGACGUGCGGGCACUGCAGGCGAAGCGGGCGCGGCACUGCUACAUUGACGUGUUCAAGCGCGUCGAGCUGGCCGGUCCGCCACGGCUCGACGGCGGCGGGACAAGCGAGCUGAUGCCGCCAAUGGGCAUGCAUGGCCCAACGGGUCUGUGGCGGCGAUGUGCGCGGUGCACGGCCGUGAUGGAGGACCUCUCGGGACACAAGCCCGGAUACACGUUUGUGCUGUCGCAGCAGCAUGCGUGGGAGAAUUUGACAAUCCGUAUUAAUAGAAGCGGCACGAUGUUCACGGGAUUAGUAGAAGAGAUUGGAGAGGUCAGCGUGUUGAACCGGCAAGACGAGACGGGGGGCACGUCGCUGACGAUUGCGCUGCCGGCGGGAUCGGAGCUGCUGUCGGAUGCGCACCUGGGCGACAGCAUUGCGAUCAACGGCUGCUGCCUGACGGUGACGGAGCUGGUGGCAGGCCGGACGGCCUUUGUGGUGGGCGUGGCGCCGGAGACGUUGCGGGUGACCAAUCUGGGCGAUCUGGCUGUUGGAGGCCGCGUGAAUCUCGAGCGGGCUGUCCGAGCGGACACGCGCAUGGGCGGCCACUUUGUGCAGGGCCAUGUCGACACGGUGGCCCAGAUCACGCGCGUGGCGCCCGACGGCAACGCCCAGACGAUGCGAUUUUCGCUGCGCGAUCGCGCCGCCCUGCAGCACAUCGUCUACAAGGGCUUCAUCGCCAUCGACGGCACCUCGCUCACCGUCACUGCCGUCGACGAUGCCGCCGGCUGGCUCGAGGUUAUGCUCAUCACAUACACGCAGUCGCGCGUUGCGCUGGCGGCCAAGCGCGAGGGCGACUCUGUCAACAUCGAGGUCGACGUCCUCUCCAAGUACGCCCAGAAGAAUAUUUCGGUCUACAUCGACAGCCUCGUCGGCGGCUCGGGCAUUGAAUCCCUGGUACAGCGCAAGAUUGAGAGCGCCCUGGACGCGGCGAAGACGUAG